UGAACGGGCCAAGCAGGCCCAGAAUUCCCUACUGCAGUGCUGUGUCCACCUCCACCUCUGCUCCCUGUGGCCCACUGCGAGUGCCUGAUCCUGUCCGGUCCCCCUGCGCCCUCCCUGGGCUUCCCAGUCACCAGGCCUCCUGGCUUCACCGUGGGCCCACCAUGGGAGGAUGCCUCUCCAAACCCAAACCAGAGGUCAAAGUUGAACUCACUCUCCUGGAGAAGGAGAAGGAAGCCGACCUGAUGUCUCCGAACGGUAAGGCGAGUCCGUUCUCAGAGUGUCGUCCGAACGGUUCUCUGGGUCACUGCUCGGAUGACGACUCGUCCGUUCUGCGUCCCUCACAAAAACACAGAGAAUACAUCGAGGCCACGGUGUGCCACGUCAAAGACCUGGAGAAUGGACAGAUGCGUGAGGUGGACUUGGGACCAGGUAGAGCUCUUCUCAUUAAGGAACACGGGGAAUUCUCUGCCAUGGGGCACAAAUGUCCACACUACGGGGCACCACUGGUAAAGGGAGUUUUAUCUAAAGGACAUGUCCGGUGUCCAUGGCAUGGAGCCUGUUUCAACAUUGCAACCGGAGACAUCGAGGACUUCCCAGGUCUGGACAGCCUUCCCACUUUUCAGGUCAGAGUUGAAAAGGAGAAGGUGAUCAUACGGGCAAACAAACAGGCUCUACAGACACAAAGGAGGACAAAGGCCAUGGCCAAGUGCUCAGCCGUCAUCAACUCCAGUACAAGCUUCAGCCACGUUCUCAUCAUCGGAUCAGGUCCUGCUGCGUUGGUGUGUGCAGAGACGCUGAGACAGGAAGGCUUCACUGACCGCAUUGUGAUGUGCAGCAUGGACAAGCACCCUCCGUACGACAGGCCUAAACUGAGUAAGUCAUUAGAAAGCACAGCUGAGCAGCUACAACUGCGCUCAACCGAGUUCUUCCAGAGUCACGAUAUCGAGCUGCUGUUGGAGAAAGAGGUUGUGUCGGUCGAUGUAAAAACAAAGACCAUAAUGUUUCAGGAUGGCUAUAAGAUGGAGUACAAGAAGCUUUUCAUUGCAACAGGAAGCAGACCCAAGUCGAUAAAUUACAAAGGUAAAGACGUAACCAAUGUGUUUCAUCUGAGAACUCCUGAGGAUGCGAACAGCAUAGCCAGACUGGCCAGCAGCAAGAAUGCUGUCAUCGUGGGGACCUCAUUUAUUGGUAUGGAGGUUGCAGCAGCUCUUACAGAUAAAGCUCACUCGGUCUCUGUGAUCAGCGUCGACGCGGUGCCUUUCCGUAAAGCUCUGGGGGAGAAAGUAGGGAAAGCGCUGAUGAAGGUGUUCGAGAUGAACAGGGUGAAGUUCUACAUGCUGAACGAGGUGUCUGAGAUGAGAGGCCAUCAUGGACAGUUAAAAGAAGUAGUACUGAAAAGCGGGAAGGUCUUAAGAGCAGAUGUGUGUGUUAUUGGCACAGGUGCAACUCCUGCUACUGCAUUUCUCAAACAAAGUGGCUUGCACAUGGACUCCAAGGGAUUCAUAACUGUGAACAAGAUGAUGCAGACAAAUGUGGACGGAGUGUUUGCUGGUGGGGAUGUCGUGACGUUCCCGCUGGCUCUCCGUGGCAAUAAGAAGGUGAACAUCCCUCACUGGCAGAUGGCUCAUGUCCACGGAAGGGUAGCUGCUCUGGGAAUGAUGGGAAAAGCCUCAGAUAUUCGAACGGUGCCUUACUUCUGGACUGCUAUGUUCGGAAAAAGCAUACGCUAUGCAGGUUACGGGGACGGUUUUGAUGAUGUCAUCAUCCAGGGAGACUUGGACGAGCUGAAGUUUGUGGCGUUCUACACAAAGAGUGAGGAGGUGAUCGCCGUGGCCAGUAUGAACUAUGACCCCAUUGUGUCUCGGGUCGCAGAAGUCUUCGGUUCCGGAAAGACGAUUAAGAAGCGUGAUGUGGAGUGA